UUUGUAGGUACAUAAUUUUCUCCCACAAGAAUUUUCCCUUUUAAAUUAUGAGUUACAAACAUUGGACUCAACGGAAAAGAAACUUAUUUCCACUCCAAUAUACCAUAAUCGGGUAAACCCAAGGUAGCGCCUCCUCCGGCGAAGCUAUUUUCUCCUUUCCAAAUUCAUACAAAAUCCCUAAUUUCUAUCUCUAUCGCCCCCAAUUGGCUCCUCCGGCCAACCCACUUCGCCGGUUCUCUGCCCUUCAACGCUGCCAGCAGAUGAUAUUUGUACACCUUUUAUACAAGAAAGGUACUCUUAGUACAUAGUUGGAUAGAUGGCGGAAAGAAGGAGAAAUUCAAAAACUUCAGAGGGGCAUUCUAUCAAAGCUUCAGGGAUGAUCCGGCAUGGUACAUUUUCGGGGUCAGGUCCUGCUGCUGGCAAGGGAAUCUUAGAAACAAUACAUCGUGCGGAACUACUAGAGACUAAAAUUGCAGCUCAGGCUGCUGAGAUAAAACAACUUGCAGGGGACAAUCAAAGAUUGGCUUCUACUCAUGUUGCUAUGAGGGAAGAGCUUGUAACUGCUGAGCAUGAAAUACAAAGACUCAAAAUGCACAUGAGAAAUCUCCAGACUGAAAGCGAUGUUCAGCUCCGAGUUUUGAUUGAUAGGAUUAAAAGAAUGGAAGCUGAUAUUAGAGCUGGAGAAAGUGUUAGGAAUGAUCUGCAACAGGCUUGUAAGGAAGCACAGAGCUUGGUCACUGCACGGCGAGAGCUAAAUCUUCGAAUUCAAGAGGCCACUCAGGAAUUGCAGAAAGUCCAUAGUGAGAUUAAGAGUCUACCAGAUUUGCAUGCUGAACUUGACAGUUUGCGAAAAGAGCACCAGAGGUUGCGUGACACAUUUGAGUAUGAAAAGGGGUUAAACAUCAAUGAAGUUGAAGAACUGCGAGCAAUGGAGAAUAAUCUUAUUUCGAUGGCUAGAGAAGUGGAGAAGUUGCGCAUUCAAGUCUCUAAUGCAGAGAAGAGAGCCCAGGCAACAAAAUCAUCUAGUACAACACCAAAUCCAUCUAGUACGGCACCAAAUUCAUAUACUGGUGGAUACCUGAAUCACGAGCUUCCAUACCAGCCCCCAAUGGAAGGCUCUGCUCCCUAUUAUGAUUCUCAUGCUCGAUCUAACGUUCAGAUGGGUGUUUGGCCACCAGGAGAGGGAAUGAUUCCGCAAGAAAGUAACAGAGUCAUGGCUGCUGCUGGUGCAGCUUUCCCUGAUGCAAGGGUUGCGACUGCUCCUUCAACCGGAGUUGAUGCUGCCGCUAACUUGGGGGUUGCUGCUGUCCCUACUGGCAGAGGUUCUGUCACGCCUACAAGUGCAGAUGCUGCUGUCUCUACCAGCAGAGGUGCUAUCACUUCUAAUAGAGCAGAUGCUGCUGUCCCUGCUGCCAAUAGGGGUGCUUCUGGCUCUACUAGUCCUUGACCCUACUCAUGGCGAAGGGUGGGUUCAGAAAAAGCUGCUGUUGGUAAAUCUCUCCAACAGCUUCGCUGAUUUUACAAUGCGGGGCGGAGUCAUGUGUUUUUAUAACGAGGAACUGUAUCCCAAGAGGGGCAGCUUAAAAGUUCAUAUGGUUUGCUCUCAGAGGUCUGUGGUUCGAGUUCUUCCUGGAUUAACAAUUGUUAUAGUUUCUUAGUCUCUCAAAUAUUGUAGGGUUAGAUGUUAUAGAUGUGGAGUCUAGUUUUAAAAAAAGAAAAUAGUGGAGAAUAGUAGAACAGAUCUCUGUAGCCAGCAAUCUCAGCAAUCAUGCCCUAUAAGAUUGCAAAAUGUUGGGUCCCUGAUUUAUGAAGAAAUAGGCUUCAUUGUUAGUUGAUAUGUGUAGGGGAAGGAAAGCUCAACUGCAAAUGUAUUGAAAAAUCUGUUGAGAAUAUCUUUAGAAAUAGAAAAAUGCAUAUUGUUAACCU